AUGGCCAAAAGGAUUGACAGCCUUCAAGUAGCAGCUGUGAACACAAGCCAACCAUCAACUGUAUGGGUGCAGAAUGAAGAAAGCCAAGAAGAGCAACAACAGGAACAAGUGCAGUACAUGCAUAACCAAAACUCUGGACAGAAUGAAGUUUAUGACAAGUUGUGGAAACAUCAAGAAAUGACGGCCAAAAAUCAAGAAGCUUCCAUCAAGAACAUGGAAAGACAAAUAGGCCAGCUCUCUAAACACUUUGCAACAGAGAGGCCAUCAAGUUCCCUACCAAGUGACACAAUUCCAAAUUCUAAGGAAGAGUGUAAGGCGAUACAGUUAAGGAGUGGGAGAACAUUGGUGAGCAACAAUGACACUACAAGGAAACAAGUGGAGAGCAGCAAAAAGCCAACAAAUGCAGAGGAAGCCAAUGAUCAAGAUAUGGUGCCAAACAAGAACACGGAGAACCCCAAAGAAGAAGAAGCGAUUCAAGGACAACAGAAAAAAGAGAAGAGCAUCACCCCUCCACUGCCAUAUCCACAGAGGUUAAACAAAGAAACCAAAGAUCAACACUUCCGCAAAUUCUUGGAAACCUUCAAGAAGGGCAAGCAUAAAUCUGAUUCCAUCCUCUUUGGUGAAAAAGCUUGGCAUAGAGAAGAAGAAGAAGGAAACAAUUCGAUUAUCUUGGGAAGGCCAUUUCUAGCUACUGCCAGAGCCAUCAUAGAUGUAGAGCAAGGAGAACUAACUCUCAGGAUGCAUGAGGAAAGCAUUACUCUGAAAGUGUUUCCAGAGCAACAAAAUUCUGAAGAAAGAAGCCAAGUAAUCAAUGACUGUUUUCCAGAGCAAACAACCAUCAACACAGUAGAACAAAAGGAUGAGCAGGUGGUCAAAAGAAUAUUCAAUGAAAGGGACAAGGCAAGGAAAGACAUAGCAUGA